UGCCAUUCGAUCCCAAACAUUCCUUUGGAGAAACUCUACUCUAGUCUAGUGAGAUAAAAACUGGUGAUUUAAUUUUUCUUUUCAAGAAAACACUUUUUUCUUCCCAUCCUAUCCAUGGAUAAUGCUCAAUGGCCACAGGAGUUAGUGAUGAGACCAAUGGAGGAAAUAGUACCAAUAAUUGGAAACACAUCAAGGGGUGAGAGAAAAGGUAGUAUUAGGUUUCAGAAAGACCAGGUUUUGAAGUGUCCAAGAUGCAAUUCUGCAAAUACUAAGUUUUGCUAUUACAAUAACUAUAGCCUUUCACAGCCAAGAUACUUUUGCAAGACUUGUAGAAGGUAUUGGACUGCAGGUGGAUCUCUGAGGAAUAUUCCUGUGGGUGGGGGUUCAAGAAAGAACAAGAAACCUUCUUCUUCACUCAAGAAAAAAGUGGCUGAUCUUGUGCCACCUGUCCCAAUUUCUGGUGAUCAUCAAAGCUCUAGCAAGAUCCAUGGGGGUGAGGGUCAUCAUCAAGAUCUCAACUUGGGAGGUCAAGUUUCAGCUAUGGAGUUGUUGACUGGGUUCACUUCAAUAGGGUUGAGCACUGCUCCUUUCAUUUCUGAUCCAAAUUUGCUUUACUCUCAAGCUGGGAUUUUUUUGCCUCAAUCCAAACAAUGCCUAAAGAUCUGUUUGGAUGGGAUUGGGAAUGGGAAUCGCCAGCAUCAUCAUCAUCUUCAGCCAAUGCAAGAUACUACUACUAAUACAAGGUUUUUGCUUCCCUCUGAAGAUUUGAGAAGCACUGCAAGUGAUCAAGACAGAGAUUGGAACAAUGGAGUUUUGAGAGGUGGUGGAGGAGGAGAAUCAUGGUAAUUAAAGAAAAUAGUUCUUCGAUAAGUCUAAUCCCAGAUUUUUUUUCCUAUUUAUCUUUGUGGAUUUAAUUUUUAAAUAUUCUGGAUUUUAAUUUA